GUAUAGUGUGAAUGGGUUGUGCGGUAGUGAAGAGUGUGGCUUACUUGUUUGAUGGAAAUAUGGCAUUGUCUACGCCGAAACGUGUGAAUUCGAAAAGCGGAGGUCGAGAGCAUUUACAUGAAAGUGCGGUUGUUCAAGAUUCAUCGUUAUAUCCCUGGAAUUGGGGUGAAGAAGCGAUGAAAAUCGAGUUGAGCCCAGCUAGCUCAUGUAGCUCACCGGAGUUCGUCACAAGACACGAGAUCAAGCGCGGUAGACCAAGAGCCGAUGCAAUUACUAAUUUAAUUGUUGAAGGUUCAACAUCCCCUAGCGCAAUAAAGUGCCGAUAUUGCAAUCGUGUUUUUCCUCGAGAAAAAUCUCUACAAGCACAUCUCCGGACUCAUACGGGAGAGCGUCCAUAUACAUGUGACUAUCCUGGUUGCACUAAAGCCUUCACUCAAAGUGGGCAACUUAAAACUCAUCAGAGAUUGCACACAGGAGAAAAACCUUUUGUGUGCUCACAAGCAGGGUGCAACAUGCGUUUUACUCAUGCGAAUCGACAUUGCCCAAAUCAUCCAUAUGCAGCUCUUCAUCGUAGUGAUGAUUUUGUCCUGCGUCCUGUAGCAUCUAAUCCUGAACAAUCGAGUGAUGUUCUUCGUUGGCUUGAAAGGUAUCGGAAGGAUCGAGAGGAACGUACACCAUCAAAGAAACUUGAAAAAAGAACUAAGUCUAAGAGAGAUGGUGUAGAAAACGAGUCGUCUCAUGUAACUCCAAUUAAAAAGUCAAAAAUUAGGAAGGGGUUGGUCAGUGAAAUGGAACAACAAGAAAAUUUACAUAAAAAGCAUAAAUCACAAGGAGGGAUGAAAAAUUCUCAGCCUUUACGUUGGCAACAUUCUUCAGGUCGAAACUCUAUGACCGAAGACUUCAGAGAAUUAAAAGUGGUGACACAAUCGUCUUCUGACACAGACUCUGAUCAUCUCAGUAAUAUUUGUAUCAACAGUGGAUUGUCUUUCAGAAAUAUUAAUGAGAGGCGAGAAUAUAGACAAGAGCAACCCAAAAAACGUUGGUUAAGAGAAGCAUGUCAAGAUCAGUCUCUGUGGGAAGAAAAACAAGAACUUGCACAACCUCUUCAGUGGAUAGAAAGAGAAGAUGAUUCUUCGUUUUGUGGAAAUGGUGAAAACAUUGAUGCAAUGCAGACUGCUAAUCAAAUGAGGCCAACAGUAUUAAUGUUAGCUGGAAAAGAAAAUAGCUCCCAGAAGGUCAAAGUGGAAUCAGAAGAUCAAUAUUCAAUUUGGCCCCAAGUAGCUCUAAGCACUUCUUUACAAGAUGAUAAUCUGAAAUGGAUGGGUGCUAUGGCUUUGAUGCAACUUGCCAAAACAAAGGAAACUGCAUGUGCAGAUAAUGAAAGUUCUCCACUCAAUCUUUCUCAGCCUAGGUACACUCAACUCUAAUCUUCAGAUCCCUAUAUAGGUGUUGUGGUGUGAUAUCGUUGGCAUUUUUAAAAUAAUUAAAGCUAUUGUCAUUGCCAACAAUAUUUUUUAAUGCAAUAGCAGCUUUUGAUGGCUAAGCCAUC